AUGGCGCCCCCUCGAGUAAAAGCUUCCACAGCCGGAUAUCCACUUCGAGUGGCAGAACCGUUGACACCAGAUGCUUGGGCUUCCACCUGUGCGCCAGAAUUUAGCCGGCCUGGAGUCUGUCACGGAUCAUCGAGCCAUCUCUUCGUACCGUGUCCAAGCACAAAGCCAAAGACUUCUGCAACAGUCUCACGCACCUGCUAG